AUGUAUCUACAAGUAAGAACUUUUACUCUUCCAGAAGUUUCUGAGAACUUUAUCGUGCAUGUUUCAAAACAUAAGUUUCUUCCAUAGAAACAGCUGUGAGCUGUGUAUUUGUUUGUUCUCGAGAUUCGGAAAAAUCAAAACGUACCACGAAAUCUGCGAAGCUUAUUCGUGGUAUAACCUCAUUAUUCGUAAAGAAUCUACCUUUAAGAUGAAUAUUUCACAAAGCUUACAACUUAGAAGACUGAUAUUAUCCAAGCUGAAGGAUUCAAAAACUUCUAUACUGAAAGAUUUUACACCUUUAACCAGCGGCGUAAUUUAUUUCAGUCGGUGAUAUACAUACGUCGUAAGAUUUAAAGUCGUUAACUAAUGGCGUAAAAUCUCUUAAUAUGAAUGCAUACCGAGUAGGUUAGUGGCUUAAAAUCCCACAUUCUAUAGACUGACUUGUGUUAGUCACAUAAUACGGCGUUAUCUAAUUACCGCUUUUCACCGCUUUAUAGAAACUAAUGAUAUGACAAAUGAAAAAAUUUAAAGCUUGCCUGCAUCUAAACUUGCCAUCCUUUGCAAAUUUUCUCUCUUUUUUUAAUUUUUCUUCAUUCUGGCAAAACAAAACUCUUAAAAGAACUUGGUUUCCCAUUUUAUUACCCAAAUUUUCUAAGUAUGCUUAGGCAUCAAAAAACUGUUUCUGUUUCAUUUUGCAUACCACUAUUUCUUUUCAGUUUUCUUCAUAAUAUCUGCUUGGAUUCUUGGUACCAUUUUAUUUGUUCAUUAGCUUGUUGUUCUUCUUGCUGGUUGUUAAUUUUUGGUGGAACCCUUUGACUGGAUUUACUCAGAAUUGUACUUGAUCACAAAACAAGUCAUAAGUAAAUUGUUUGACUAAAGAUGGGUGACUUACAAACUAUUGUCAUGUUCUCUCAACACAUGCCACAGGUUUAUCAUUUUGUUAAACCUGGGAAAUGUGUGCCAUUACCUAGUGGUAAUUAUUUCUCAGAUAUUUGAAUACAAUUUGCUCGCACAAAUCAGCAGCUAUGGCACAUGGGUAUGUUUCCUUUGUUACUUUUUGUUCACAGUUAUUUGUUUUGUUUUAGAAGCACUUUAUUCUGGCCUCCCAGAACAUGUUCAACACAACUUGGAAGAACUUAGACUUCAGGUAAGAGUGACGUGUCACUCAUGUUUCCUUCAGGAGGAGGGCUUGGAGUCAUCAAUCUUGUAGAACUUGAUAAGUGGGGUGAGAACUGGUGAUUUCUGGUCAACACAUUUGGUGAAACUGACUUUUUUAUUCCUAAUUCUAAACAUUCUCUCUAAAUAUACUCUGACUGUAAUCUACAUCAUUCUGUUAUGAUUGUAUUCAACACAGUAGUGAGAUGAAACAAUGUGGCUCUUAAACAAGGUCAGGGUUAUUAAGCCUUUUGAGAACACCUCCACUAAAGCUUCCCUUGAGUGCCUGUUCUCAGUGAGGAGUUUCUCAACUGAAGAAAGAGGAGUAUUCCCUUUUUUUUCAAAUUGAAUUAUGAUCAAAAAGGACAAAAAUUAAACCACUUAAAAAAAGUUUGAAAACAGGCUUCAUGAAUGUCAUUUUUGGUUAUAUUAUUACUUAAUUUUAUUGAGAAAGUGAACAUGCUUUAAGAGUAAUUUAUUGAUCCUCUGACACAGAGGAGGUAGAGGAGAAAGUGUCUGUAUACUUCCUCUAUAGCAUUGCAUGGAUUGAAAUGAGUUCUCCUUCCCACUUUUAAAUACAGCCGUUGAAUUGUUCUGCUAGAAGCGCAGUAAAAUCAUUUAUGGGAAGAGUGGUACAAAAAAAUAAAGAGGAUCUGGAAAGGAAACUGCGAUAUGAUCCUGUGACUUUGGACAGGCUAAAUAAACACAAGUCAAACAAGAAACCAAAGAGAAAAGAAAUGUCCCUAAGAGAGAAAAAGAGUCGAGGCAUUUACAAGAUUUCUCCCAAAAAUCAAAGGUGAACUGCAUCUUUUAUUGAUUUCACAAGAGAAUAGGGUUAACUGUUAACAUGAAGAUCUUGAUGUAUUAAUUAUUAUAGCACAACUAGUUCUACUAAAUCACCAACAGAAAUGAGAAAUGAAUUUGUGGUAAAUUCAACUGAGCCAGACAGCACUUGACUAGUAUAUUUAUGACAGAAUUUAGAAAGUUUUUGCAAACUUUAAGUUGAAAUGAGAGGAUUAGUAAGACUCACUUGUGAUUUUUUAACUUAAUUUAAUUAACACAAUUAAUUGUUAUAUAAGUAAACAAAAUAAUGUGAAGCAUAUCUACCAAAGUUAUGUCCAGUUUCUCUUCUAGUUUUGGCAUGAUAUUUAGAGUGUGGAAGUGACAUAGAACGUCCCAAAAUUUGAUUGGUUUUCUUCAUAUCACUUCUUGUGUGUCAGCUGCUAGGACAUGCUGGAAAUUGGUGACACCCAGUAUUACUUCAAUUCACUUGUGAAUAUUAAUAUUGUUCUGGAAUAAUUUACUUGUUAGGUAUGAAAUGUAUCUUCCUCUUCAUGAUUUAUGGACAGGCUACAUGCAAGAAAUGUUAAACUUGACAUCUGAAAGGUACCUUUUUAGCAAACAAUUUUAAGUGCUCAGUACCAAUACCAGUUUCUUUUGGUGACAUGCAACAUAUUUUUUUUUCCUCUUCUUUGGUUAGAACAUGAAAAAAAAAUAUAAAAGGUAGAUACUACAUGUAUCUUAUUGGUGAUGGGGCCUGCAUAACUAAUAUUAAAGGAAUUGCAAGGGAAACAGAAGCUGUAAGUGCUGUAGGCUUGUAUGCUUUAGCAACAGGUGUUUUAGGUGUCAACAUAGCCCUUUGGUGUGAUUAUCUGGGAGGGGGCUGCUCUGACAACAAGCUUUUUAAUCUUUAUCAAAGCAUUGUAACAUGGGAAAGUGAAUGCAUUUUUGCUGGCAUUUCUCCUUCAACACAAAUAAAAGACCUUAAUCAGUCAAGCUUACUUGUCAAUUUUGUCAGUGUUUGUCAUCCAGAUUGCAGUAAUCGUGAAGAAAAGCUCCCUCAAAGACCCUUUCAGCCAACAGAUAACCAAUAGGCAACUGUAUGUUGGCUGAUUGUCAGCUGACAGGUUUUUUUCAGGGAGUUUUUCUACACAAUUACCCAGGUUGCUAUACUUAUAACACAUGCUUAUUUAACUGCCUUUUUCUAUAUUUUAGUAAUUUGAAAGUUAUAUAUCCUAAACUACUGCGUGCUGACUACCAUGGGUGUAUUCUCAAGGGUGAGUAAAUUAUUGUGUAAAGCUGGCUUGUCAGGGCUUGAUAAUGGAUGUUCCAGUCAGUACAAGGAGGUAUUUAGACUUCACCUCCUGUUUCUAUAUAUUGGUUAACUGAAAUAUGUGUAUAACAAUAUAUUUAUUUGGGUGUCUCAACUUGUGCCUUUUACUCUAUUGUUUUAACAAAGCUAAAUUAGCUGUAGUAGAAUAUUGUGUGACUUUUCCCCAUAUGAUGCAUGUAUCUCUGAAAUUUUUUAACCCUUAACACCACAACAUCAGUAUGCAUAUUCUCCCUAAUGUUCUCUAUUUAUUUCCUAAGGUGCUGACAAGGAGAAUUUGUUUAACAAUCAAGAGCUUUAGUUGAUGAUCAUUUCUUAUAUUCUCAUGACCUUUAAGUGUGAUUCCGAAUCACAGGGGGUGGCAGGGGUGAUCUUGUAAAGAGAAAUUAGAUGCCAGUCACUCUUGGGGGUUAAAGGGUUGAAACACUGAACUAAGAAUAAUCUUGAAAUUCUGGGAUAGUUAUUAUUGGCCUUUGAUCAAAGGCUUAUGAACUUGCAAAAAUUAUAAUGCCUCGUGUACCUCCCUAAUGGUAAGAAAUGAAAUAUUUUAGUCUUUAGGAUAAUUGUGUCUUAUGAAAGGCACAUUCCUCUGGUUGGGGUGAGAAUUACUUGUGGACUGGAGUUAACCUUUUUCUCCCUUAAUAGACUUAGAUGUAACUUCUUGGGACUGAAAUAAAUAGUGUUAAACAGCUUUUGUAUUUCUUUUUUUAACAGUGAGCAGAUCCAAGUGUCCAUCAUAUGUAGGAACAUGUGGUAUCUUACUUCAAGAGACAAAAAAUUCCUUCAAGAUUAUCACAAAACAAGACAAACUCAAAAGUAAGUCUCAUUAAUGACACUGACCAUAAGAUACAACCGACACUCGUUUGGUUCUUGGUAGAACACGCAUUUUAUGUAAGAUAAUAUUUUAAUUUUCAACCCUGUCUUGGCUGAGCAACACACACUUACAAUGUCUUUCUCUUUGAUGAAGCUUACAAAUGGCUUUUUACUUUGUAUCACAUGGAAAUUUGAUUUAGGAAUUCUUUAAGAAAUUCAGUUUCAAGAAUCUUCCUUUGCUCCUUCCUCUGUCUACUACACAUUAACGUCAGUUGUAGUAAAGAUAGCUAUAUUCCAGUAAACAACAUACUCGGUGAUAUGUUUUACGUUUUUUCAUUUUUUUGCAAGUCUACAAAGUUUGAUACCCAAGGCGCUCUGUAGUAACCUUGUGUAGAAAUUCUGUAGAGGCGGGAGAGUUAUUAAAUUCUCUGGUAUCCAAGUCCAUUUAAUUCAAAUGCGUCCUUAAAGGAACUUUUUUCAUACGAUGCUCUAAUCCUACUAGCUUAAUCACGGAUCUGUUGCUAAGAGAUAGAACUUAAGCAGCUCUUUAUUUUAAUGAUUUCGAUUUGUCGGUGACGUCAGCCACAUGUUUAAGAGUUUUUUUUUUUUUUACAUUUUGAAUUGAAAAUCUAAUUUUUCUGCCUGCCAUACGAAUGGUACAUCCAUUUACGAGGAAUUUAUUACUAUCAACUAAGUUCAUAACGUAAAUUGACCACCGUAAAGAGUUUCAACGCUGACGUUUCGAGCGUUAGCCCUUCGUCAAAGCGAUGACGAAGGGCUUAAGUUCGAAACGUCAGCUUUGAAACUCUUACGUUGGCCAGUUUGCGUCAUCAACUCAGUUGAUAAUACUUAUUACCCUGUUAUACUCUCCCACCGACGCAGCACCACAGUUUCUUUAGAAAUUUACCCCUUUUGUACAUCUAUUUAGUUUCGUACUGUUUAAUGCCAACUUUCAAAACCGGAAGUCCUUGUUUUAAAUGUGUUCCACCGAUUGAACCCCUUGUCUUGUUCAAAUCAGAAUUAAGUGCGAUUUAGAACUCUUACAUACAUACGCCCAUUUGUAACCGAGGAAAAAAAAAGAGAAAUUUAUAAACAUGACAAGUCUAUUCCUUGGUUAAGAACUUGAAGCCCUCAUUGGCUUCUCUUGAUUCUGUAGUGCUGAGGUGGCGUUUGUGCUCCUUAAAAAGAACCAGUUAUUUGCUGUCAGAUCUACAUUUGCACUAGGAAUUGACACUGUUAAAAAGCCUCUUCACUUUCGUAGAAAAUUUAGUUUGUAUGUCGGUAAUCUCGGCAAAGUGUCUUUCACAAGUCAUAUAACCGCAGUCUGAGCUGCGUGUUUUUAAAAAAACGAAUUUGACGAUAAAUUUUACAAGAAACUGCUUGUAUGUUUUAGUAAUAAAACUUCACAGGAGUCUUGAGGAAAAAACUUUUAUCUGAGCUACACAGCUCGACAAUGAUUCAGCCGUUUACUUUUUUAACUUAAAGGUGCUUCACUCGCUUUAUUAACAAAAUGUGUUAUUUUUUCCCCGAAUUAUGAUAUACAGAAUGACAAAACAAAAUGUCUUCACACUGGAACUUAUAAAAUGCUUUGUUACCCAGUUAGAGUUGUGUCAGUUUCCGGAAGUGAUAGUAAAUUUUACUUAACUAUCUUACUUAGCUGCAAAACCAUGCUAAGUACUUUUUGCUUUUAAUUUUCAAGGUAAAUAAUACACUCUGCGCUGAAUGUUCGCGAACCAAGCGCCGAGUUUAUUCUAGGAACUAAAUGUGAGAGACGAAAGUUUUACUUUUUCCGGAACACGCUUCUUAAAGCAUUUCUUACGCGUGCGUUUUGCAAUUGUUUCCAUGAAUGUGCAAUAUUUCCGGCUCUAGUGACGCUAAACAUAGAUUCUUUCCCACGGCUGGAAAUUUUUUGUAAGGUCAUACAUGUUUUUCGUUAUGCUUGUUCAGAAAACACUGUUAUUUUUCAUCUUAUCGGAAUCUUGAAAAAAGUAAAGAGAGAUGGUCAAAUGUUAUUUACAUCUGUUGUCAAGGGAAAUAUCCGAUUGUUCACGUCUUCGUUUUUAAUGUUUGUAAAAUAAUAUUGAGCCCGAAAUGGUUGAAGUUUUUUGGUUACAAAGUUUGAUAAGGUAUUUCUAUUUCUGACUGAAAUGAAACUCAGCGAACAGUAACUACUUGUCAAGCGGUAACGUAGGUUUGAAACCUUGCGUCAUUUUGAAAGGCCGAGUGCAAUGUGCUAGUAACUAAGAUAACCAUGUAGUUUAGUGUUGUAAGAUUAAAAGUCAAAACUCAAAACAAGCAUACAAAAAAUGAGAGCUAAGCUAAUUAUAGAACUUCAUGCAGGAUCAGAGUGAGAAAUAUUGGAACUCCUCGCUGAAUGAUGUACUUGAAUGCCCCAGGGUGUUCCUGCUCCGUUUAUGCCUGUGGGAUAUCAACGUGUCAUGCCCAUGGAGAGAACUCCUGCCUUGCAUAUGAAUAAAAGGGGUAAUUUCUAAAGAAACUGUGGUGCUGCGUCGGUGGAAGAGUAUAAAAGGGUAAUUUAGUUUUAUCAACUGAGUUGGUAACGUAAAUUGGUCACCGUUAAGAGUUUCAAAGCUGACGUUUUGCCGGAGUGUAAGCCUUUCGUCAGACGUCGCUCUGACGCAGAGCUAACGCUCGAAACAUCAGCUUUAAAACUCUUUACGGUGGCCAAUUUACGUUAUGAACUCAGUUGAUAAUACUUAAUUAUCCUAUCUAGCAAGCCAACGACGUCCCUGCGCUACCUCUGGCCCCCCUAGUAAAACGUUUGCGUUGCACGUAGUUACGAGUUUAUAGGAUGGAAGCAAAUUGGAUCUACCUUACUUCACUGAAUGCAAUAUAUCAUAAGCCCUUGACAUUUUAGUGUCGUUUUCCUGUUUUAGUUUUACAGUUUAUAUUCUUAUUUCUAUGUUAGCCUUUCCCGGGCUCUUAGUCAGUGGAAAUGAGCGAUUACGAUUGUUAGGGAAACGGAUGCCUGAGCACCGCUGCCGCCGCCAUUGACUGAGAGACUGGCAGAGGCUAUGUGUGGUUGUGAUUCUAUAUGUUUUGAUGAUACAUAGCCAAACAACGAGUUUCUUUUUUGUUUAUGUUCAGUGAUUCCUAAAGCAAACAGUGUGUUUACAUUUGAACUGGGAGGAUUUGAGUUCACGAUUCAUGGAAGUCAUUUCUGCUUCCGAUCUAGUGAGCGCUCGGCAAGGAGAUUCAAACCAAAAGCGACAACAGACUUAUAAACAUACCACGUGCU